UAAAAGAAAUAGAAGUAAAACCACAUUAUUGAGGUAAACCGGCCACUCGUGUCCUCUAGAGGGCAGUAAAACCGAGGCUGUUUAAUAAACAUCAUCUGUUUGGGCGACGGCUGGUUGAUAGAGAGAAGCUAGCUAACAUGUCGGAGUACGCGGUUGAAAAGGGCUCUUUAAAACUGAAAGGAGUCUCUUUAGCAAGUAAAAAGAAAAAGAAGAAGGACAAGGAAAGGAAACGUUUGGAGGAGCAGGUUUUGGCCACUCAAAAUGAAGAAGGAACGGAGAAAGUUUAUGUUGAUAAAAGGACACCAGCACAGAUGGCAUUCGACAAAAUACAAGAAAAAAGGCAAAUGGAAAGAAUUUUAAAGAAGGCCUCCAAAACACAUAAGAGAAGAGUUGAGGAUUUCAACAGACACCUGGACACACUGACAGAGCAUUACGAUAUUCCCAAAGUCAGCUGGACUAAAUAAAUAUCUAUGGAUUUUCAACUGGGUGCUUUCAGCGCAAGAUCAGCUUCCAUGAUGUUACCAUACAUGCUUCUUCUUGCUUACUCUGCAACGAAGUCCAGAGCGAAUUAUUAUUAUUAUUAUUUUUUUCUUCCAUUUUAAUUUUCCCUUUGGAAUGUAGUAAAAAUAUUCACUGUACAUUGGAAUUUAGAUUUUUUUUUUUUUUUUUUUUAUUAACUAUUUAAGAUUUUGAUUGGGUUUUGUUUCUUGUAAAGCUUGACCACCAAAUAAAGAGUCAAGCGUUUUAUUUGUUGCAUGUAGUCUUUAAGAUUUCUGAAUGGUUAUAGUAGCCUGAAAACAUGCUUUGAAAUAUAGUAACAGUAGAUGGCACUGUUGGUUUAAAAGUAACUUGUUUCAUAUGCUUCCUCUGGCCUCAGUAUUGUAUUUGCCCCUUGAACAGCUCAAGAAUUUAGAUUCUCUUUUUGCCUGACCACCUGAAGUCAUGGAUGUCUUUUUAAUUUUUUUAAAAAUUGGAAUGAGAUAACAAAACUUGAGAUCAUAAUGUUUGGGACAGAGGAAUCCUGAAAAACCUAUGAUAACUCUUAAUUCCCCUGCCCCCUAUGUGAAAUCAAGUGUAAAUAACCUGGGUCUUGUCUUUGACGGUGAAAUAAAGCUUGAUAAACAGGUU